AAUAGAGUGCGCUUCUGCAUAUCCCCGGAAUGAAGUAAACGAACAUAUUAAAUAUGUCAGAAACGGAGAAUAAUAUUGGACAAGAAAUGGAGGCACCUACUGAGCCUGAUGCAGUCUCAGAAGAAGAUAAACAAUUUUUACUGGAUUAUGUAAAAGAAACUGAACAAAGAUUAACGAAUAAAGAAGAAAUUAGAGCUGCCAAUUUGAAUCCCACGAGACCACCAGAUACAUAUUUCAGUAAAUUGGAUUCGAGUCUGAAAAGAAAUACAACAUUUGUUAAAAAACUUAAAAAUUUCAGUGUGAACCAGUUAGAUGCAGUUUUAAAAGAUAUGGCCAAUUUAAAUUUGACAAAGUAUGUCAGCGAAGUUGCUACUGCAUUGGUCGAUGCUAAAUUAAAAAUGACUGAUAUACCAUCGGCAAUUAAAGCUUGUAGUUUCUUACAUCAAACGUAUGCAGAAUUUUCUACUCAUUUCUUUGAAAAUUGGCAAAGAAUAUUGUCCUUAAAGAUUGGAGAAAAAAUUGCUAAUCCAAGUAAACUAAGAGUAGAUUUGCGUUUUUAUGCAGAACUUGUGAAUGCUGGAAUUUUUACGCACAAACAAGGCUUACCACUUCUUGGCUCGGUAUUAACUGUUUUAAUUAACAUGGAUAAAGAGGAACACAACAAUGCAAGCAUAAUAUUAAGUUUUUGUCGUCAUUGUGGUGAAGAUUACGCAGGUCUUGUUCCUAGAAGGGUAAGAGAAUUAUCGGAAAAAGUAAAUAUUACAAUACCUAAAAGCAAAUUACUUUCUCCUGACAAGCAACAAAAUGUAAGAUAUUUAUUACGGGAUUAUUAUAAUUCAUUGUGUAAGCAUUUAUUGAAAGAACACAAAGAACUUCAAGCAUUUGAAAAACAAAAUCGUAAGAUUUUACAAACAAGAGGUGAAUUGAGCGCAGAAAGGAAAGAGAAAUUAGAAUCUCUUCAAGUAUCUUAUGACCGUCUUCUUAGCGGGGUACAAAGUUAUUCUGAUACCUUAGAUGAACCAAUACCUGAACUUCCUGUAGAUGUAGAAAUAAAGGCAGAAGCUGAGGAAACAUUAAAAAUGAUUAACGAAGGUGAAGAAAAUAGUAUUCUGGAAGAUAUGUGGGGAGACGAUGAAACCAGACGAUUUUAUGAAGUUCUACCUGACUUAGUAGUAUUUUUACCUGGAUCAUAUCCAAAAGAAGUACCAAAAUCUGAUGCUCCUAUUACAGAAGAAACUUUGGACGAAGACAUAACGUUUGACGAAUUAGAAGAGACUGAAAAAGUAGAUGAACCAGAAGUAGAAACAGAGGAACCUCAAGUUUCCAACAUAAGUAAUAAAAUAUUAUUAGAUGCAUUUCUUAGUCAUUUGCCAAAUUGUGUCAAUCGCGAAAUGAUUGACAAUGCAGCAGUUGAUUUUCUUAUAAAUUUGAAUUCAAAGCAUAAUAAGAAGAAAUUAGUAAAAGCAUUAUUUGGUGUUUCGAGAAUACGUUUAGAUUUGUUGCCAUUUUAUUCUCGUUUAGCUGCAAUUCUAUAUCAUGUAAUGCCCGAAGUAGCUAAUGAAUUAUGUUCGAUGUUAAAACAUGAUUUCAAAUAUCAUGUUAGAAAAAAGGAUCAAAUUAAUAUUGAAUCAAAGAUAAAAGUAGUACGUUAUAUAGGCGAACUUGUCAAAUUUAAACUUUAUUCAAAAAUAGAAGCAUUAUAUUGUCUUAAAGUAUUACUUCAUGAUUUUACUCAUCAUCAUAUUGAGAUGGCAUGCAACUUGUUGGAAACUUGUGGAAGAUAUCUUUUCUGUUCUCCUGACUCUCAUCAAAGAACGAAAGUUUAUUUAGAACAGAUGAUGCGUAAAAAGGCCGUUACUGCAUUAGAUUCUCGUUACGUAACAAUCAUUGAAAAUGCAUAUUACUUUGUAAAUCCUCCUGAAUCAACUGGUGGAGUAUCUAAAAAAGAUAGACCUCCUGUUCACGAAUUCAUCAGAAAACUUCUAUAUCAAGAUCUUUCUAAAACAAAUACAGAUAAGGUACUUAAAUGGAUGCGCAAGCUAGAUUGGGAAGAUGAAAGUGUAUCAUCGUAUGCUAUCAAAUGUCUUACUGCUGCAUACAAUGUAAAAUAUUUAAAUAUUCGAUGUGUUGGAAGUUUAUUAGCUGGAUUGGUAGCUCAUUAUGAAACAAUAGGUCCUCACGUGGUAGAUGGUGUAUUAGAAGACAUAAGACUGUGUAUGGAAAUCAAUUUACCUAAAUUCAAUCAACGUCGUAUUGCCAUGGUUAAAUAUCUUGGAGAAUUGUAUAAUUAUCGUAUGGUUGAGAGUGGUGAUAUUUUUAGAACUUUGUAUCUGUUAAUCACAUUUGGUGUAAACAUGGAUCAUUCUGUUCCAAGUAUUCUUGAUCCACCCGAACACUUAUUUAGAAUUAGAUUGGUAUGUACACUUUUAGAGACUUGUGGACAAUACUUUAGUGGAGGUUCGAGUAAGAAAAAGCUCGAUUACUUUUUAAUAUUCUUUCAAAAUUAUUAUUGGUUCAAGUAUACAGAUCCUAUAUGGACUCCUGAAAAUCCUUUUCCAGUAGGAAUAGAUUAUAUGUAUCGAGAUACAUUGACCAUGCUCAGGCCAAAAAUGCCACUUUUUAACAGUUAUAAAGAAGCUCAAUGUGCUGUUGAAGAAUUAAGAAACAUAUUGUAUCCAUCUUUAGGAAGUACAACAACCGCAGAAGAAAUUGAACACAACGAAGGAGAUUCUGAAAUGAGUGUAAUCAUAGAAGGAGAUGAAGAAUUACCUAUGACACCUGGAAACGGAGGUGGUGAUGCAAAAGGAAUAGGAGAUUUGCACUUUGAAGAAUCCGAAGACUGUUCUGAAGCACAAUCUGAAGAAGAUUGGACAGCAGAAGCAGAAAGAGAUGCAGGAACCCAAGAAAAUACUCAAGGAGAACAAAGUUUAUCGGAAGGUGCUACUGAAGGAGUUAUAAUGGAUGGUACAGAAUUAAAUGCUGCUCUACCAGCAGGUCCCAAAAAAAUGACCUGCCCAGAAGACGAUGAUUUUCUUUCUGCGCUUGACAAAAUGGUAUCUGAUAAUAUACAGGAUAGAAUGCGGGAUGCUGUUAAACCGCAACAAGUUGAUAUAUCUGUACCACUGCAUAUAAAAAGUACAAAAAAAACAUACGAGCAAUUGCAAGUACAAUCAUCUGACAAUUCUAUGGUGGACUUCACGCUAAUGCUUAGGAAGGGUAAUAAACAGCAAUACAAAAAUUUAGCUGUACCAGUAUCCUCAGAAUUAGCUAUGAAUCUUAGAAAUCGUGAACAAGAACAAAAAGAGGAAAAGGAACGUGUAAAAAGAUUAACACUUAAUAUAACAGAGAGACAAGAAGAGGAAGAUUAUCAAGAAACUAUUAAUCAAGGUACAAGGCCAGUAACAGUUAAUUUAAAUAGAGAACGACGACAAAAAUAUAAUCAUCCUAAAGGUGCACCCGAUGCUGAUCUUAUAUUUGGACCAAAAAAAAUUCGGUAAAUUUGUACAAAGUUUUCUACUAUUCUGAAAAAAUAAUGAUUUCGAACUUUGCGAGUGUUCCGUGUAAUCUCACUCUUUGGAAUUUUGAUCGAUGUGAAACAGUGCAAUUGUUCUUUUACUUUUAAUUAAAGACAAGAUAUAUCUAUUGUUUACAUGGAUUUCUCAUUUUUUGAUUUUGUUAAUAGCUUUAAGAGUAAUAGUAUUGAAUAAAUUAUGAAUGGAUAUAAGAUUGCAUGAAAAAUGUCAUCAUGUUAGAAACUAUUACAAUUGAGUGUGUCAAAUUCUAAUACAUUUGAAAUAAUACCUCUCCAAAUACUUCCAUGUAUUACUUACGAUUAAUCUUAUUUUCUAAUAUUUCAUAUAAUGUGCACAUCAUGAUUAAGAACUCUUAUGCACAAAUAAAUAUUUCUAUAAAAAUUGUCGAUGUGCAAAAUACGUCUUUUUCAUUAUAAAUAAACUUUAAAAUUUAACUAUCUGUGCAUAUAAAAGAAUGAUCAAUUAUA